AGGAUCAGCUAACGAAAAGACCACAUCUCCUACUGGAUCAGCUAAUGAACAGACCACGCCUCCAACAGCAUCAGCUAAUGAACAGACCACACCUCCAACAGGAUCAGCUAACGAAAAGACCACGCCUCCAACAGCAUCAGCUAAUGAACAGACCACGCCUCCAACAGGAUCAGCUAACGAAAAGACCACAUCUCCUACUGGAUCAGCUAAUGAACAGACCACGUCUCCAACAGCAUCAGCUAAUGAACAGACCACGCCUCCAACAGCAUCAGCUAAUGAACAGACCACGCCUCCAACAGGAUCAGCUAACGAAAAGACCACAUCUCCUACUGGAUCAGCUAAUGAACAGACCACGCCUCCAACAGGAUCAGCUAACGAAAAGACCACAUCUCCUACUGGAUCAGCUAAUGAAAAGACCAUGCCUCCAACAGCAUCAGCCAAUGAAAAGACUACUCCCCCAGCAGCAGCAUCAAAUGAACAGACCACGCCCCUAAGGGCAUCAGCUACUGAACUGACCUCGCCUCCAACAGCAUCAGGCAUUGAAUCAGCCACGCCUCUACCAGCACCAACCAUUGAGACAACUUGCACAUUAUCCGAUAAUGUACAAACCAUACCAUCUGCCUCAUUAACCGUUAGGUCUCCCUCCACUUCAUUAGCCUCCAGUGAUGAAAAGAACAAACCUCCACCAGCCUCAUCUAAUGAAAAUGACACAACUCCAUCAGAGUCAACUAGCAAAAUGACAACUAAUGAAAAUACCAAAUCCCCACAAGCCUCAACCAAUGGCACAACCUCCACUUUACCUGCCUCGCCUAAAGAAAAGACUACACCUUCACCAGCAUCAACCACUGAGACACUCUCUGCUACAUUAAGCUCCAGUGACGACAUAAACAAACUUCAUCCAGCCUCAACUAAUGAGACAGUCUCUGCUUUACCUGACUCAGCUAAUGAUAAGACAGUGCCUUCAACAGCCUCAACUAAUGAAAAGAACACAGCUACAAUAGAGUCAAGUAAUAAAUGGACAACUAAUGAAGAGACCACAUCUCCACAAUCCUCAACCAAUAAAACAACCUCCCAAAAAAAGACUGCUCCCCUACCAGCAUCAAUCACUGAGACAAUCUCUGCUACAUUAAGCUCCAAUGAUGACAAGAACACACCUUCACCAACCUCAACUAAUGAAAAAACUACAUCGUCAUUAGACUCCAAAGAGAGAACCACACCUCCACCAGCCUCAACUAAUGAUACAAUCUCCACUUUGACUGGCCUGGCUAAUGAAAAGAACACCCCUCCCGCAGCAUUAGCCAAUGAAAAAGCCAAACCUAUACCAGGACCAACUAUUGAGACAACCUCCACAUUAUCUGGCUCAGAUAAUGAAAAGACCACUCCAUCUGCAUCAUCAACCAUUGAGUUUGCCUCCUCUUCAUUAGGCUCAGGUGAUGACAAGACCAAACCACCAUCAGUCUUAAAUAAUGACAAGACCACACCUCCACAAGCCACAACUAAAGAAAAUGCUGCACCUCUACAAUCUUCAACCAAUCCACCAGUCUCCAUUGAUAUCACUACUAAAAAUGAAAAGACCACACCACUACCAACAUCAUCCCAUUCCCCCCUAACCUCUAUCAAUGGAAAUAAUAUAACUCCACUUCCUUCAUCCAAAGAAAAGACAAUAUCACCACCAGACAAUGAUAGUAGCAAGGCCACACCUUCACCAGAAAAGCCCUUGGGUCCUGAAGUCUCAGUGAAAGAGAAGAUCUUCUCCAUUAAAUCUACAACUCCAUCCACAAGAAAAAAUGAAUUUAUCCUCAAACCCUUUCUCCUUCCACAAAUCCCUGCUGCACCCGGAAGCUCCUCCCAAAGCAGGGACUCUCCAUCUAGCUGGCUCGAUGUGGAUCACCAACGUCCUUUAAGGAAGAAGCUGUUGAUUCCAGAUCCCAAGCUGAGCUCCUCUGCGAGUGAGACCAACCUCCUGAACACAUCGGGAGAUUUUGACCCAGAUGACUUCAUUGCAAAUGUGAAAAGGCUAGCAAUGCCAUUCAAUCUUCCCCUACGCAAACACAAUAAACAUCGUCUGCAAGCACCUCCGUUUGCCAUGCCUGCCAUCAAAGAAGACCACUUUGAGAAACCCUUUGAUCCGGAGGAGUUCCAGUAUGGCUUGAGGCGAAGGAGAGAAUUCAUUUUGGAUUUGCCUUCAAGUUCAAAAUCAAAGAGUCAAGCUGCAGAAGUCAAGGACGCAGAGAUCAAACCAAAACGAGAGAGCAUCCUCACGAGGUCCGUUAUCUUUCAGAGAGCAAGGAAGGGGUCUGAAAAGGUAGAGGAAGAAAAAGAGGAGGGAACAGAUGUAAAUACAACAGAAACACUGAAGCCAAAAUCUCGUUUGGAGAGAUGCUCUAUCGUAAGCGUUCUACGCAGCCCCAGUAAAGGAAGACGAAUGGAGUUUUUAAGCCCCACUGAGAGUCCUUCAGGUGGACUGUUAUCACCCAGCGAUGGUUCUGGGUAUACAGCACCUCCAGAAUUACAGCUAGCCCCAACUAUAGAACCAACCAAAUUGGUCCCAAUAGAGGAAACCCUAGUUAAGAAUAACAGCCACGAUACACUGUCUGGUUCUCAGGUUAUUCUAAAAUCUAGCUCGGACAUUGGGCUUGCCAUGACACCUGACCUCAAAACGUCUUCAAGAGACCCCACAGUCUCUCUAUUAAAAGACUCUAGUGGUAGCCAAGCUAGUUCCCAGGUUGUACCGACUCCUAUGAAAGAUGAUGAACCUACUCUUGCACCUGACUUGAAAGCAAAUUCAGCAGAACCUUCAGUCACCAUGUUUACAGACACUAAUGUUCCUACUCCCCCCAGUGAUUCCCAGACCAGUUCCCAAGUUGUGCUGAAACCUAUGAAAGAUAUUGGACCUACCCUGGCACCUGACUCGAAAACAACUUCAGCAGACCUUCCAAUCACAAUGUUAACAGACACUGAUGCUCCUCCACCUAGUUGUACUCAGUCUGGUUCCCAGGAUGAUGGACUUGCCAUGACACCUGACCUUAAUGCCUCUACUCCUCCCCGUGGUUCCCAGACUGAUUCCCAGGUUGUACUGAAACCCACUACAGAUGAUGGACCUACACUGACAACUGACUUGAAAAUAACUUCAUUAGACCCUUCAAUCACCACGUUAACAGACGCUAAUACACCUUUGAUGCCUAGUUAUACCCAGUGUGGUUCCCAGGAUGAUCUUAAACUUAUCAAGGAUGAUGGACCUGCAAUAAUACCUGAUCUCCAAAAAACUUCAAGAGACCCCACAGUCACUAUGUUUACAGACACUAAUGAAUCACUGCUUCUCAAUUGUACCCAGACUGGUUCUGAUGAUGCCCUGAAAACAACUACAGUAGAUGUGAAUGCUUCUCCACCAUGUCCUUGCUUUGAUGACAUAAUGUUGCCUUGUUUCCUGGAGAAAUUUCUUCCUGAGGAACCUGAAAACGCUCAACCAUCAAAUAAGAUCAACCCACUGAUGGCUAGAGAAAGUGCCUCAGUUCCUGGUCUAGUGGAUCUGAAUAAGGCUGUUGACGUAGCUGAUGGGAAGAUCCCAGAAGAGACGAUUCCUCCGGCACCUGUAGUUCCAGCGGCUCAAAUCCCUCAAGCUAAACCUCAGCGAACACUUCCAAAUAUUCCAGCUUCUCGCGGAAUCCACCGGCGUCCUGGAAAGAUUGUGAUAUUUGAGCACCAUCAGUUCAGCGGUCAGUCCUUUGAGUUCUACAGGGAUCAACCUGAUUCCACACACAUGAAACUGUCCAGUGUCAUAUCUGUUAAAGUGGUCAGAGGAUGCUGGAUAUUAUAUGAGAAACCGGGAUUUGAGGGACGAUGCAUCCCUCUGGAAGAGGAAGGAGUUAUAGAACUGCCCAAUCAAUGGACAGAAGAGGGUGAAGAAACAUCUGCCCCUGUGGUCAUUGGCUCAAUUCGACUGGCUGUCAUAGACUACACUCCUCCCCGGAUAGAGCUGUUCACCGAGCCCGCUGGAAUGGGCAGAAGCUCUGAGUUUGUGGAUGAAACUGUGGAAGUGGGCAGUUUUAACCGUCCUCAGAGCACCGGCUCCAUCAAAGUCCACAGUGGUCUGUGGAUGGUUUACAGUGAUCCAGGUUUCCAGGGUCUGCUGGCGGUUCUGGAGGCCGGAGAGUAUCCGUUCCCGGAGGCCUGGGGUUUCCCGUCGCCCGUGGUCGGCUCUCUGAGACCUCUGAGAAUGGGCGCUCUGAAGGUCGAGAAGCCAAACGCAGUCAAGGCCGUGUUGUAUGAGAAGGCCGGUCUGGAGGGCCGAUGCAUGGAGGUUCAGGGAGACGUCUUCUCCUUCACCAGGACAGAAACGGACCCGAGCGACCCGGACGAUCACGGACUGAACUGUGUGGAAUCACUCAAGAUCCUCGGAGGCCUGUGGGUGGGAUACGAUGACGAAGAUUUCGAGGGGCAGCAGUUCGUUCUGGAGGAAGGAGAGUAUUUGGACUGGACAGACUGGGGCGGAACGGGGGAACAACUCCUCUCUCUACGGCCCGUUUUCAUGGUGAGUCUCAUCUUUACUAGCCAUCGGUCACCACGCUUCACUAGCUGGGUGAUUAGUCAUGUUGUGCUUAAGCUGUAA